UUUCAAUUUUCAUUUCCUGUUUGAUCAGCAUGGAGAGCUCGCCAGCACAGCUGAUCAUGGAGACUCAAGGCCGCAAACACCCUCCAGCAUGGAGUAUACAGGAGGUGGUGGAUCUUAUUACUGGGUGGGGAGAAGAGUCUGUGCAGGCAGAGCUCUGAUCCAGCUGAAGAAAUGCUGACAUCUAUGCCAAGAUUGCACAGGGCAUGAGGGAUAAGGGGUGUACUAGGGACAGGCAACAGUGCUGCGUGAAAAUAAAGGAGCUUCGGCAAGCAUACCGGAAGACAAGGGAGGCGAACAGUCGUUCUGGUUCUGCCCCGCAGACAUGCCGCUUUUAUGAGGUGCUGCAUGCGAUUCUCAGUGGUGACCCAACCACUACUCCGAAAGGCUCCGUGGAUACCUCCCAGGAGCCCCGGGCGACCUCGGGCAAUAACAAGGAGGACAUUGUUGACGAGGAGGAGGAGAAUGUGAAGCAGGCAAAUGGAGGAUCCAUUCUCCUUGACAGCCAAGAAUUGUUUUUAACCUUCGAGCACAUCCCUUCACAGGACCAGUUGGCGGUGAAGCGUGACACCAGGGAAGGCACCUCUACUGAAAUCUUGUCCAUCGGCGCAUCCUCCACACCGGAACAGAGACUCUCCCAGAUGAGAAGGCGUAAAAAGAAGACUCGGGAGGACAUGUUCAAUGAGUUAAUGCACGUCUCCGAGAGUGACAAGAUGGAGUUUAGAGCAUGGAGGAUUACACUGUCCGAGAACUUGGACGUGGACAGGGAGGACGAGAGCAUGCUGGGAACAAGAGCGUGCCACACAGGAGAGAUGCUGCGGAUUAUGAAGGAGCAGUCAGACACGUUGAGGUUCAAGAAAGGCAGCUGGAUGCCAGAGUCCCUCUGCAGCCUAUGCUGAACCUGCUGCCAUCAUUGCCCAGUUUACAUCCUCCUCCCGCAAAUGUCGUAUGAGGCUGGGGAGGGCCGGGGGAGAGUUCGGUAUCCCUUGCGCUGAUCACCAGGGGAGGGUACAAGGACCAGAAGGCGCCCAUUCCCACACCUUUGAUUGAUAUUGCAGUGCAUCUGUAAGCAAGAUUUUCUUGUUUCUCCCCCCAGAGUGUUAUCAGCCCUUUUGCCCCAGGUUAUCUUGCUUUUCUUUGCUGUCUGUGUGUUUG